AUGUAUUCAUUCCAACACAUCUCUGCAGAACACUUCAUUCACACAAUAUGGUGGCCUUCCUCAUCUUCUGGCUGUUUAAAGUGUGAAGCUUGGGGCUUUCUUAGUCAUCUUCACAUUUGUGUGGCUGUGAAAAAUCCAUUGAUAUGUUUUGACAGGGUUGUUCUUUCGGAGCAUCUUACUUCACUAACCACCAACCAACCACCACUUAGUAACAGGUAUGGAUUCAAGUCAUUUGAAAACUGCAUAGAGUAUAGGGAAUCAGUAUUUACCUUUACAACCGACAUAAAGUGUCCUGCACCACCACAAAUUUGCCCGCCGUCAUGUCAUUCAAAUGUUGCACCAAUUUUAAAAUUUAUUGAUUUUCCAUUCGAUUUGAAAUUCACCCCACCGAUUGGGCAUAUCAACCCUUCGUUGAGUGGUUUAAUUAUUUAUUUACAAAUCAGAAAAAUAAUUAACAAAUAA